AUGACACGACUUCCUUCUCUUAAACAACUUUCUGCACAUCUUCAUACACCUUCUCGACCUUCUUCAGCUGGAUCAAAUUCAAUAGGAAAUACAAAACCUAUAACACCUCCAAAACUUAACAUUUCAACAAACUCGACUUCAUUAACACCUACAAUGACAAGUUCUUCACCUUUCCUUUCCAGUCCUUCUACAAGGUUGAAAUUACCUCCGAGUGCUAUGAUGAGAACUCUUUCUGCUGAAAGCAGAGCUUCAUUACCUUCUCCUACUAAGGCUAGAGGUGAUUCAUCAGUCGUGACAACCCCUUUAUCGGACGUAUCUGAUGUUUUUGGGAAUACCUCUGGUAUCAAAUCUAUCUCUGUGUCUCAAGCUAGUAAAGGAAAUGGAGAGGGAGAGGUGGAUAUGACGAAAACAGGAAUAAAUGGUUAUAAAGAUACUCCUAGUUUGGAUCAAAUAAGACAACAUGUCAAAAAUGAUCAUAUCAAAGAUUCACAAGGAAAGACGGAUGGUAAACAAUCGUCUGUGGUUGUUUUACCAGAGAAGAUGGAGGUUGGAGAGAAAAGUGGUGGGAUAGGUGGGUCGAUUAAUGGACAACACCCAUUGGAACAUAAAUGGGUCAUAUACUACGAUUCGAAAACUUAUAAACCCGAUACUAGCCUCGCCGUUCCCAAGGAGGGGGAUACUUUCUUGAACGACUACGAAAAAACCCUUCUGACGGUGGGCAAAUUUGAGACUGUGGAGGGAUUCUGCAGAUAUAUGAACAAUAUCAAACUCCCAAACUCUCUCGCCAAAGGGUCAAACUAUCAUCUGUUCAAACAAGGUAUCAGACCCGGCGGCAAAUGGACUCUCCUUUUAAAACCCGCUUCUCCGCUGUUCGACGUGACAUGGUCAAACCUCGUCAUGGGUCUUGUCGGAGGUUAUCUCGAUCCAGAUAACGAAGUGUGCGGUAUUGUCGCUUCUCCCAAACCCCGUAUCAGUCGAAUACAAGUCUGGACCAGGAGCAAGGAUAAAGUGGAGAUUUUGAAUGCUCUUGGGAAAAAGGUUUUGGCUAGUAUGGAAGCUGAUCCGAGGGAAUUGGACGGGGUGAGCUUGGAAUUUGAGGUGGGUUCUUUGUCUUCUUAUAUCCCACCUUCUCACCUUCUCACCUUCUCACCUUCUCACCUUCUCACCUUCUCACCUUCUCACCUCCGAAGGGAUUCUCAACAAACGCCACCAGGUCAACUUCAAGUACCUCUAAUGAUCGGGACACGCUUGUCAUCGGCAAGUCCUCAUAGGCAUCCGCUCCCUCUUCCGAAGUCGAAUGUUGUUGUCCUUUGA